AUGGCCCUUCGGGAGCUGGAGCGGACCGGGGCUCGCUUCACUUGGACUAACAAGCGCCUUAGGCCGACUAGGUGUGUCCUCGACCGGGUGUUGGUCGCGCCGGCCUGGGAGGCGGCUUUCCCCCUGUGCUCGCUCACGGCGAUCACACGGAUUGGUUCGGAUCAUACACCUCUCCUCCUGUCUUGUGGCGAAGAGACAAGGCGUGUGCCGCCGAGAUUCUUCUUCCAGACUUGGUGGUUUGGCGUUCCGGGGUUUGGGGACCUUCUCAAGGCGAAGCUGGGUAGCUUCAUCACGGAGCGGGGCCCGCACAGAUGUCACAUUGAGCUCUGGCAAUGCGUGGCCCGCAAUACACGACAGUUCCUCAAGGGGUGGGGAGCCAACCUGGGUAGGGAGAAGAGGGAUUUUAGGGAAAAUCUACUUCUUCAGGUCACUAACCUAGAUAGGGUGGCCGAUACUUCUGGGUUGGAUGAGGUCGGCUGGGCGCUGAGGUACCACCUCGAGGACCAACUUUCGGCCCUGGACAGGGCCGAUGAGGAGUACUGGCGUCAACGCAGUCGGGUGCAAUGGACGCUUCGGGGAGAUUCUUGCACGGCUUACUUCCAUGCCAUCGCGAACGGUCGCAGGCGGAAGUGUUCGAUCCCUAGGCUGCUCACGGACCAAGGGGAGAUCCAUGAGCAGCGGGAGCUCCUGGAGCACAUCUACCUGUUCUAUCAGGGGCUUAUGGGAUCGGAGGGGGAGACCAGGAGGUUUGCCCUGGGACAGGAUCUUUGGGAGGGGAACCAAAGGGUGUCCUUGGAAGAGAACCAUGAGCUCGAGCUGACCUUUACCGCGGACGAUCUGGAUGAGGUGCUAGCUAGCAUGAAACAGGACUCGGCUCCGGGCCCUGACGGCCUCCCGGUGCUUUUCUUCAAACGGUUCUGGGGAACCCUGCGAGGACCGAUCCUGCAGAUCCUCAAUGACUUUGCCCUAGGGAGGGUUGACGUGGCGCGUCUUAACUAUGGGAUUAUCACUUUAAUCCCUAAAGUGAAAGGGGCGGAUCAUAUCAGACAGUACAGGCCGAUUACGUUAAUCAAUGUUAUCUUCAAAUUUGUGGCUAAGGCGUACGCGAUUAGACUAGCUCCGGUGGCGCAUAGGGUCAUUGACCGCUCUCAAUCUGCCUUCAUUAAGGGGCGUUGCCUACACGAGGGGGCGCUUGCCCUACAUGAGAUUGUGCAUGAGUUACACAUCAGGAAGCAAAAGGGUUUGCUCCUGAAGCUCGAUUUCGAGAAGGCCUACGAUCGGGUCAACUGGGACUUCUUGCAGGAGAUACUACUCAGAAAAGGGUUCUCCGCAAGGAUGGUUCACCGCUUGAUGCAGUUGGUCAGGGGUGGCCAUACGGCGAUCAAUGUUAACGGGGAAAUAGGGCAUUUCUUCCGGAACGCGCGCGGAGUGAGACAGGGAGACCCACUCUCGCCAAUUCUCUUUGACUUCCUGGUGGAUGGCUUGGCAGCGAUCAUUACCAAGGCCAAUGCCGCAGGACAUGUCAAGGGGCUUGUGCCGCAUCUCAUCCCAGGAGGGGUGACCCAACUGCAGUACGCGGACGACACCAUGAUCUUGGUGGAACCCACGGGGGUGGGGAUUGCGAAUCUGAAGACUCUGCUCCUAUGCUUUGAGAACAUGUCGGGUCUAAAGAUCAACUUCGACAAGAGCGAGGUCGUGGUCAUGGGGGUCUCCACGACGGCCCAGCAGCGGGUGGCCAACCUGCUGAACUGUCGCCUGGGAAAAUUUCCCAUCACUUAUCUGGGGCUACCCAUUAGUGAUAAGCCGCUUAGGGUAGCGGAUUGGAGCUUUCUUCCGGAGGUGGUGGCUCGAAGGGUCGACCCUUGGCAGGGGAUGUACCUGGGGGCGGCAGGGCGCCUGGAGCUCACUAACUCCUGCCUGUCUAGCCUGCCUCUGUUCGCCAUGAGCAUGUACUUGCUUCAUGACGGCACACACAAGGCCAUGGACAGGCCGCGCUCACGCUUCUUCUGGGAGGGCGUCGGGGACAAGCGCAAGUACCAUAUGGUGGAUUGGGCCACGGUUUGUAAACCUAAGGCGCUGGGGGGCCUCGGGGUCAUGAACACCAAGUCCAUGAAUAUCGCCCUCAUGGUGAAAUGGAUUUGGAAGCUAUAUCAAGGGGCGGAGGGUCUAUGGGCAGACCUGAUCAGGGCUAAGUAUCUGAGGGGCAGGGAUCUAUUCGCGGGAGGAGUCCCUGCCCACGGCUCUCAGUUUUGGAAUGCGAUACAAAAAGUUAAAUGGCACUUCAAGCUGGGGGCUAGACAUAGGGUCCGGAACGGGAGAAGGACCUAUUUCUGGACGGACUGGUGGACGGGGAACGGACCACUUAGGGUGAGAUUUCCCAGGCUCUUCAGCUGCUGUGAGUCUCCAUUCAUCACCGUCGAUGGGGCAAGGGUGACCGAUGGGGUGCCAGGGGAAUGGCGCCUCCGCUUCAGAAGGCAGUUUGGCCUGGCCGAGACGGUGGAGUGGGACAAUCUGUGCAGGGAGUGCUGGAGGGUUCUGGUCAGACAGAGGGACAGGGACUUGCUGGACUUGGCGGUGGGCGACGUCAGGAGGCUCUACGCUCGGACGCGGGCAAUCAUGGCUGAUGAAUGCUGGGCAUCAUGUGGAGGUUUCAAGAGCAUUUUUAGCGAGGAGAGCAUGGGUCGCGAGAAGAACAUAGCCACCUGCGGGCGAGCGCGGUGGGGGAGCGUAGAGGACGGCGACCUUCCGGUGAGCGCAGCGGCCAUCUGCCGGCGGGGCCAGGGCAACGCGCUGGCGAGGGCGGGGCAACGCGCUGGCGGGAAUGGGGGAACACGGCGGUGGGGCAGCACGGCGGCGGGGGCGUUUGGGUGGGGACGCGAGCGAGGCGGGGAGGGAGACGAGGCCAAGCGGUACUUCUCGAUUCCGAGCGAUUCGGAGGGGCUGAGCUUGGAAACGGCGGACCUCGCCGGCGAUUGCGCGGUGAUUUGGUGGUUGCCGGAGGCUGUAGGGGUCGGCGGGGUGGCGCUCCGCAACGGGGGCGACUGGAUCGGAGACGCCGACCUCGGGAGCGACUGCCGCGGCGAGGAGGCGGGUCGCGCUCCGCAACGGGGGCGACUGGAUCUCAGCGGCGAGUCAAUCAGCGCUGAGGACGUGUUCCGCCGCCGCGCCGCCGUGCAUUUCCGUGUCGCGGUAAUCACCUCCUUCUCCCCUGCAGCACUCUAA